AUGGAUCGAUUUAUGAUAAAAACUAAACGUCAUCGGCUAGGAGAAUCAUCUACUUCAAAUGAUAAUAUCAAUAUUGGAACGUCGACUAAUGAUAACGUCCAAGAAGAAACGCAGACUAAUGUUAGAAUCCAAGAAGAAACGCCAAUUAAUGAUAGCGUCCCUGAAGAACAUACUCAAGGUAUUCACAAUCAAUCGCAAGUAGAGGUUAAUUUGAGUGCUAUUGAAGCUGACCCGGGAUUGAGAUUGCCUAUUAGUGAUCUUGCCAAGACUUCUAAAGAGCUUGAAAUUGUUCGAAGAGCUUACUUACAAAAAGGUCCUUGUCAACCUCGACUCUGUAAAUUUCCUCAAACUAUUUCCUAUGGACAACAACGCAAAUUUAUUGUAGAUUGGUACAAUGAGUUUGGUAGUUGGUUGGAAUAUAGUGAAAGUAAAGACGCGGUAUAUUGUUUAUGUUGCUAUCUAUUUAAGGUUGGAGAAAGUGCCAAAGGGGGCGGUGGUAAAUUUGUCAGUGAAGGUUAUAGAAACUGGUACAAGAAGGAAAAUUUGAGAAAACACGAGGGAAAUCAUGACAGUGUUCAUCAUCAUUGCUAUAUGGCUUGUCAAGAUUUGAUGAAUAAUAAAGGUCACAUAGAUGUUCCUCUUGAGAGCAAAACUAAGGAAUCUAAACGCGACUACUACAUUCGGUUGCGUACAACAACGAAGGCCAUUAGAUAUCUAUUAAGGCAAGGACUUGCAUUUCGGGGGCAUGACGAGUCAAAGAGUUCGCUAAAUAAAGGUAACUUUGUGGAACUUAUAAAGGUUAUGGCGGAAGAUAAUGAUGAAAUUAACAAAGUUGUUUUGGAUAACUCCCAAGGAAAUUGUAUUAUGACAGCACCAGAAAUUCAAAAACAAAUCAUUGGUGCGUUUGCUCAUUUAGUCUCGAAGACUAUUAUUUCUGAUAUUGGAGAUGAUUUCUUUGCUUUAUUAGUUGACGAGGCACGUGAUGUCUCCAUUAAAGAACAAAUGGCGGUUGCUUUACGUUAUGUAAACAAGGGAGGAAAAAUUAUUGAAUGCUUUCUUGGCAUUGUUCAUGUUCCAAAUAUGACUUCACAAUGUCUGAAAGCUUCUCUUGAGUCUCUUCUUACAACAUUUGGCUUGAGUUUGUCGCGAGUGCGUGGCCAAGGUUAUGAUGGAGCUAGUAAUAUGCAAGGAGAGUUUAAUGGUUUGAAGAGUUUAAUAUUGAAAGAAAACAAGUCUGCUUUUUAUGUUCAUUGUUUUGCUCAUCAGCUUCAGUUGGCUCUUGUGCAAAUUACUAAGAAAAAUAAGCAACUUUCAUAA